AUGAAUAUUUGGCUUUGCAGACGCCACUGUCACUUUUCGCCACUUGUUAUAGCCCUGGUCAACCCUACCGUGUUCUAUGACAUCAUGGCUAAGGAAGAGCCCUUGGGCUGCUUCUUCUUUGAGCAGUUUGCAGACAAAGUUCCAAAGACAGCAGAAAACUUUUGUGCUCUGAACACUGGAGAGACAGGAUUUGACUAUAAAGGUUCCUCCUUUCACAGCAUUAUUCCAGGAUUCAUGUGCCAGGGUGGUGAUUUCACAUACCAUAAAGGCACUGGCAUCAGGUCCAACUACAGAAAGAAAUUUGAGGAUGAGGACUUCAUCCUGAAGCAUACAGGUCCUGGAAUCUUGUCCAUGCCAAAUGCUGGACCAAACACAAAUGGUCCUAGUUUUUUUAUCUGCACUGCCAAGAAUGAAUGGAUGGAUGGCAAACAUGUGGUCUUUGGGAAGGUAAAAGAAGUUAUGAACAUUGUGGAAGCCAUGGAGUAUUUUGGGUCCAGGAAUGGCAAGACCAGCAAGAAGAUCACAAUUUCCGACUGUGGACAACUCUACUUUCUUUUGACGUGUGGGCAUUUUAUCCAUCAAACCAUACCUUCUGUAGCCCAGGAGAGCACUUCUACCCCAUCUACUCAUUAA